AUGUAUACUUCCAUUCACAUAUCAUCUUCAUCACAAUCUUACAUAUCAUCACAAAGUGAGGAUGAAAUCUGUGACUAUAUAUUGAUGGAUUUUUUCAAAGAGAGUCGUGAAAUACAACCGGUAGAGGAUGUCGUAAGAUACAUUGUUAACUCCACCGUCGAAGGAGAUGAAAAUGAGGGUUCAUGUUCAAGAAAGAAGAGAACUUAUAUUUCUAGAGAUCGAGAAUCAGCAAACAACCGUUUGAUAGCUAACUACUUCAGUAACCAACCACUAUAUGACGAACGUCAAUUUCGUCGUAGGUUUUGCAUGCGAAAACAUGUAUUCAUUCGCAUUGUGGAUACCCUCAGUUUACAUUAUCGUUUUUUCCAACAAAAUCCGGAUGCAUGUAUGCGGCAAGGCGCUACUGCUCUACAGAAAUGCACUGUAGCCAUAAGGAUGUUAGCAUAUGGAUGUGCAGCUGAUCAAAUUGAUGAGUAUCUAAAACUUGGUGCUACAACGUCGAAGGAGUGUCUUACACACUUUGUUGAUGGUAUAAUUGCGCAAUUUUUGGCAGAAUAUUUUCGAAAGCAAAAUACUGAAGAUCUCCAACGUCUUCUUAGAAAAAGGGAAGAUAGAGGAUUUCCAGGUAUAAUAGGGAGCAUUGAUUGCAUGCAUUGGGAAUGGAAAAAUUAUCCCGCUGAAUGGAAAGGGAUGUAUCAACGAAGAUCUAGAACCGCGACUGUAAUCUUAGAAGUCGUUGCUUCUAGAGAUUUAUGGAUUUGGCAUGCUUUUUUUGGAACACCAGGAUCUUGCAACGACAUAAAUGUACUCCAGCGUUUGCCGGUUUUUGACGACCUUUUCAAUGGUCGAGCUCCACAAGUCCAGUUCGACAUGAAUGGAAAUACCUACAACAAAGAAAGUGCACGAAAGGAUGUUGAACGUGCCUUUGGUGUACUACAAGCUCGAAUUGCAAUAAUUCGAAAACCUGCUUUAGCAUGGAGUAUGCCAAUGCUAUAG